AGGACGGUCGGACGUGGACGUCGCGCGGCCCAGACACAGACCCAAGCCCGUGCGCCCGUGACUGGAUCCACCGGAUGCACAAAAGUACAGACAGAGAAAGAGGAAACGACCCCUCCUCCUCCUCCCCCGCCCCCCCCGACGGACAGCAGAGCGCGACAGCAGAGAGGAGAGAAACACCAAUACAAGUUGUCAUCUGACCAAGUCAGCCACUGCUUUCGUCGCUGUGUGUGUGUUUUUCUGUGGACACCGUGUCUCUUAGGUUGUUUUGUUUUGACGGAGGUUUGCUUUGCAACUGUUUUGGGGUCUUCUUUUUGAACACCGGACCAUUAACUCGGGAGAUUACUCUACAAGUUUUUAAUUGCAACAUUUUCCUGUCCGUGCAGUCUCUGGGUCUCAUUGUCAUUUUUCACGCCUUUGCAUUUUUUUUUAUCAUGGACAGUAUUCCUACUCAGAUGGUCUGACUGUCCCUCCCACACUAUUCCUCUGAGAAUAACAGCUUGAUCUACUGCACAGUUUUGAUACAAUGGAAUACUUCGAUGAAAAUAUUUCUGUAAGGAAAUAAGGAAGCCUUAAUAACUACAAGGGGAAGAGUCAUCCAGCACACUUGUCCUAUUGGAAGAUACUCCAGUCAGAUAGCCUCGCCCCUUCAAGUACCCCAGGUGUCUCUCUGUGACCCCGUCUGGUCCAGGAUGUCCAGGCAGCUCUCCCAGCUUCCGACCCCCGACCUACCAGCAGGCGCAAGCCCACAGUUUGGAAGUUGUACUCAGCCUGCAGGCUCCCUCACAGGGGGGCAUCUCAACUCUAUGGCAGGUCUGAAAUCCCUCCUGCAGCACCCCAUGAAGGGAGACCAGCGUUUAAAAAACCCCAGUGAUGCAAAAGCAGACAAAGACAGACUGGACCUUGAUGAGGACUCCUUGGGCGUGUGCCCCAUGAGGAAUGGCAGUGGAAUAGGCAGCAGUAAUAACAAUAAUGGCUGUGGAUCAGGUGGUGGAGGAGGUAGUGGAAAUGGAGGAGGAAGUUUCAACCAAUUUUUGGGGCCUCUUCUGUGGGAUCGCACCCUGCCUGCAGAUGGGGGGCUCUUCCAGCUUCAAUACAUGGACUUGGAGGAGUUUCUGACUGAAAAUGGAAUGGGCAGCAUGCAUAACAACAACAGCUCCAGUUCAGCCCAGAUCCCCUCACAGAGCUCCCCAUCAGCUGUGCCCAGCCAGAGCUCCCAGUGCCUACCGCCCUCAUCCCCACCUGGCUCUUCAUCCUCUUCGCCCUCUUCCUCUUCUUCCCCAUCACUCAUUGGUUUGGAGGUGGCUCAGCCGCAGAGCCUUGCAGGAGGAACUGACUGUCUGCAUGGGAGUCAAACGAGUAUGAAUGAGUCCUGUGAGUCACCCUCUUCCUCCUCUUCGUCCUCCUGUCCACCUCUGCUGACGCCCACGGGCAGCGGGCCAGAUGUGGUUGGAAUGUUUGACAUGGAUCCUUCGGACAUGGCGAUGUCCAGCGCCUCUAGCCAGCAGAACUUCGACCCCAGGAGGCAUUCCUUCAGUGAAGAGGAGCUCAAGCCCCAGCCAAUGAUCAAGAAGGCCCGCAAGAUCCUGGUGCCUGAUAACAUGAAGGAUGAGAAGUACUGGACCAGGAGGUAUAAAAACAAUGAAGCAGCAAAGCGUUCCCGAGAUGCUCGCCGUCUCAAGGAGAACCAGAUAUCCGUGCGCGCUGCCUACCUGGAGAGAGAGAACGCUGCGCUCCGACAAGAAGUGGCCGAGAUGCGGAAGGAACUGGGCCGCUGUCGCAACAUCCUUAGUAAAUACGAGAACCGUCUCGCUGACCAGUGAUGAAGGCACGGAGUGAAAUCACGAAGAGGAGGAAUAUAAGCUGGAUUAAAUUUAAGACUUCAGAAUUCUCGGGGUGGCAUGAUGGACAGAAUGGGGUCAGGAUAAUGAUGAUGAUGAUGAUGAUGAGGAAGAUGAUGAUUAUGAUGAUGAAUGUAUAAGACAAGGAGAAGGUUUGUGUAUUGAAGCUCAGGUGUCUUGUUUUGUUGAGGUGUCAGCUCUUAAAAGUGAUGGAUGGAGAGAAUAAUUUAACAGAUGAAAGAUGUGACUUUUAAGAGUUUUGUUAUUGGAGAAUUGUAUAUUUUUAUAAUACUUCUGAAAAAUUAGAGGGAGAGCAAAUUUGGAGAAUAAUUUUGUAUAUUUUCUACAUGACUGGGACAUAGAGAUGGGGGGAAAGCUAUGGUAAAUAUCUUUUUAUUAUAGACGAGUCAGGAGAUGUUUGACAGGUGGUCAGCCAUCGAUGGGUAUUUUUCAACUUGAUUAUCGUAGUCAGGAUGCAGCAGCAGGGGCGAGGACGCAUGUAACAAUUGUAAUAUAGAGAGCAAAAUUAUCUUAAAAUCGUAUAGUUCAGCAUUUUUGUGGAUUUUACUCAAGCACUUAAUUUUUUUCCUGUUAUGUUUCUGUCACUGGGAAUGGGCAUGCUCGCGAGAGGCAGAAUGAGAGACAUGAGUAGACACCAUGUAAACAGUCCAGCACUACCCUCAACACUUGUCUUGUUCAGUCUUGUGUGUUCUUCUUUAAUACUUCACCCUUUUUUUAACUGACUUCAGUUCCCCAACAAUACGUGUACCUUGAGGUUAUAUAUGAGAUUGGUACAUCUGUCUCUGGUCCAUACUCGUAUCUUUGACUCUAUCUUUUUUUUUUUUUUUUAU